AGAGCCGCGAGGCCGGGCGCUGCGAGAAGGCUGGGCUGGAGGUACUCCGGCCAUGGCAGGCGGGCGGUUCUGGCCCUGGAUGGGGCUGGCCUGGAUGCUGGUGCUGGCGCAGCUCGGAGCCUUGCCCCUGACCUCUGGGCCGCGGGACGAGGUGCAGGCGGCGGCGCUGCAGCGUCUGCGGGAGGUGUUCGACAUCGAGGAGCUGCCCCCCGACGUGCUGCCCCGCAAAAAGCCGCCGCAGUUCAUGGUGGAUCUCUUCAACAAGGUGGCCGACGCCAACGGCAUCACCCGCGCGCCCGGUCUGCUGGAGGGAGACGUGGUGCGCAGCUUCGAAGACCGAGCUCCCGUGGAGCAGGACCGCUUCUUCUUCGACGUCAGCGCCAUGGAGAGGGGCGAGCAGGUGCUGAAGGCCGAGCUGAGGGUGUUCAAGCUGAGGAGGAGGCGCGUGGCCAGGAGAGCCGAUCCGCAGCACUUCUGCAAAGUGGAAGUGUAUGAGCUACUGGAGGGUGGAAGUAAUCCACACAAAAAAAAUCUCAUUGCAUCGAGAUUGUUGUCUCUGUACUCGGAAGGCUGGGAAGUAUUCAACGUCACACAGACGGUUUCCAAGUGGGUCGGAAGCAGUAACUCCAACCAUGGCUUUUUGAUAACUGCAACACAAUUACUCAGCAAUAGGAUUGAACACAACCUGGUUGCAUUUGCAAAGGGACAGAGCAAUUUGCAGGAGAGCAGAAAUGCUCUCCUUGUCCUCUUCACCAACAGUAAUAAACGGAGGUCUUCCAGCUUUGUACCCUCUUCUGCAAAGCUGAACCCUGCUAAAAAUGACGCUUUGUUACGCAUGCCUCGUGAAACUCUGAUAAUCAAAAACAGCAGUGAAAGCAAGAGCAGGAGACCUCGGGCUGCUGCAGUGCCUUCUUCCAAAAGCCAGGUAACAGCAUGUCAUCGAAGAGAACUCUAUGUUGACUUCCAUGCUAUUGGCUGGUCAGGAUGGAUUAUUUACCCAAGUGGAUACAAUGCAUUUUACUGCAGAGGCUCCUGUCUUUUCCCCUUGGGGGAAAGUCAAAAUGCAACAAACCAUGCCACGGUUCAGUCCAUAGUCCAUACGCUUAAACUGUCUCAGGAUGUCAGCACACCCUGCUGUGUUCCAGAUGAACUGAUGUCCCUCAAUCUCCUCUACUUUGAUGACAAAGAGAAUGUGGUUCUUAAAAAUUACAAAGACAUGGUGGCAACAAGGUGUGGUUGUCAUUAACAGGACUUUUUUUUUUUUGUACACAUUUGGCAUAUGCUUGGAUUCAGUUUCUUAUUUGACAUUGAAAAUACUAAAGGUAGGUGGUAUUUCAGAUUAUGGGUCGGGUGAACCAGAAGCUCACCUGUGUUUGAAAUCCUGUCACCAUGGCUGUGUGGAAAGGAGUUUAAAGUAGGUGUUCCAAGAGCCAUGGGUUUGUAAUGGCUCUGCUUACCUCUAUGGAAAGCUCUGUGCCUGUAAACCAGAGAAAACCAUUGGGAACUGGAAUUUUGUUAUGUAAAAAAUCCCAAACACAGUAAGUGUGCACUCAAAUGAAGGUCCUGUUUCAUAUGUUAGAGCUCUGAAUAUCCAAAGGAGUAAAAGGCAUGCUAUCCCAUAGGAUAUGGAAGGGACCCAUUAUGAUCAUUGAUCACUGUGGCUCCACACAGGACCACCCAAAAAUCAGACCUUAUGUCUGAGAGCGUUGUCUGGACAUUUCAUGAACCCCUGCAGCUCAGUGCCAUGACCCUUUGCUGAGGAGCCCGCUACAGUGCUCGACCACCCUUUUGGUAAAGAAUCUUUUCUUGAUAUCCAGCCUGACCAUCACCUGUCACAGCCUUAUGCCAUUCCACUGGGUCCUGUCACUGAGAGGGGAGCUCAGCACUGCCCCUCAGCACACCCUUGUGAGGAAGCUGUAGGCCACAAUAAGGUGGCCUCUCAUUAUCCUCUUGUACUAGCUGAACAAACCGAGGGAUUCAAUCUGCUUUUCAGAUGUCUUUCCCUCUAGAUCCUUCACUAUCUUUGUAGUCCUCCUUUGGACACUUCAAUAGUUCUGUGGCCUUUUUGUACUGUGAUGGUCAAAACUGGACACAGUACUCAAGCUGAAGACGCAUCAGUGCAGUGUAGAGCAGGACAAUCACUCUGCUCAACCAGCUAGCAAUGCUGUGCUUGUUGUACGCUAGGAUCCUGCCUCAAUCCAACAUGGGGGUGCUGGUCUCAGUAAUACUACCUCAUUCAGCUUUGAAUGCACAUGAUUCAAUGGGGAUGUAAAUUCCUAAGCAGAGCUUUGAGGAUAAGUGUUUGCCCAGAGCUGACCUCAGAGAUCUCUUCUGAGUAAUACAUAAACUGCAGAUGGUAAUGCACUUCUUCCCCUGUUCUGCCUGCAGUUUUACCGAAUACAGACUACCUUCUAAGUCCCUCUGGGACUUGCUAGGCAAUCUGAUGGAAAUAGGACAAUAUAUAUCUGGGCAUCAGCAAACUUUGCUUCUGGCUCAGUGCUUGCACCUCUAUGAUGAAGGGUCAGCUGAUCGCCUUUUGUAAAACUGUUUUCUUCCACCAUGGCCUGCUGUAGCUUUUAGGCUAUGUGGCAGAAGAGAGUGCCCUUGAGUAUUUAUUGUACAGUGAUUGUACAGUAAGCUUGGGUUGCAGCUCCCAUAAUUCAGGCAGAAAGGAAAAAAAAAGUCCAAACUUUGGAGGUCUGUUAGAACAUGGUGGGUGCUGCACUGGUCCUGUAGCUAAGGCUGGUUUAGUGGAAGGAAUUCAGUGGUUCCCUUUCAUUCUUCCUUGAUUCAUAGGAUACAGAUUUGGAGGGGGACCCCUGAGGUUUUCAAGUCUCGCUACAACUUAAUGUGGGCAGCCAUUCCAUUGCAGUUCCUUGAUCAACUCGUUGAGUUGUAACUUAAGCCUGUUUAGGUUUCUUGUCUCUAUUAAUCCUUGAAGGAGGCUGACACAACACAGAACUUUACAUCUCCCAUUGGUAGAAACUUCAUGAAGAAUUCUUACUCCAAUGAGAUAUAUUUAAAAAAAACAAAAAAUAUGUAAAUUUUUUUCCUGUAAAUACCAAUGUCUGUAAUUAAGAAAUGUAUUUUAUUUAAAACACAAACACUUCAAGUAUAUUAACUUAAUCUAUAAUAAAAAUAUGACUUCUGAAAUAAAUGUAUGUAAUGUAA